AUUUAGAUGCGGUCAAUGAUGAUUAUAAUAAUAAUAGCGUUCAAAACUCUAAUUCAUCAGACGGCGCUCAACUUCAUGAUAAAACUGUUGAUAAUGUGGAACAAAAAGACAUCAAAAGCGGAAGUAUCGCUGAUAAAAUUGCGCCUGCAGAACAAUUAUUAAUCUUGGGACGUUCUUACCAAACGGAAGGCCGAAUUGAGGAGGCUAUCAAAAGCUACGAUCAAGCAGUUCUAAUUGUGGAUGAAACAGAUCACGGCAAUAAUAUCAAAGCGAAAGCUUAUCAAUUGUUGGGAAAUGUAUUUACUGGAACUUCCGAAUAUAUGAAAGCAAUCGAGUAUUAUCAGAAGGCACGUGAAAUACAUCCAAGCCUCGAAGCAGAUGAGAUAGAAGUAGUAGCAUAUCAAUGGCUAGGUUACAACCACCUGCAAGCUGGUCAGUACCAAGAAUCAAUAGAGUAUUACAACGAAGUCGUAAAACUUGCCUCACAGCUUGGAUGCAAAACGAGAGAGGUCAAUGCUACUUUGAAUCCUCAGAAAAGUAUUUCUUAAAAGCCAUCACAGUGGCAAAACAGCUCAAUCACAAAGGUCUUGAAAGAGUAGCUCAUACAAACCUAGGACAUGUACAAUACAAAAGUUGUCAGUUUGACGCAGCUGUCAAAUCUCAAAGCUAAAGAAAUUUCUCACGAUCUUGGUGAUAAGAAAGAAGAAACCAACGCCUGUCUAAUGCUCGGUGACACCUUUGAACUACUGAAGCAAUACGGGAACGCGGCUGAAUCUUACCAAAAAGCGCUAAAUAUUAGUAAAGAAUUGAAAGAUAAAGAAGUGCAAGCGAAUGCAGUUCAGAAAUUAGGAUCUAUUUCUUUCAAUAUUGGUGAAUACGAAGAAGCACUUAAGUAUUCCAAAAUUCUUGUGGAAUUGAUAGAAAACCCAGACCAUCGUGGGAUCAAACAAGCUCUUGCUCAGAAACGAUUGGGAAUGUGUUAUGCUUACCUUGGAAGAUUCGAAGAAGGUCUAACAUGUUUUAAAAAGGCUUUGAAAUUAGUUUGUAAUCAUUCUGAGAAAGCUGUAGAGGGAGUUAUUAAUGAAUGGUGCGGAUACUGUAGCCGCUUUAUUACUGGUAAAGAUCAAGAAGCAAUAACAUUUUAUGAGAAAACGAAAACAAUUGCCAAACAAGUUGGAAAGAAAUAUGAAGAAUACCGUUCAAAUCAAGCAAUUGGAAAUAUUCUAAGUAAUACGGGUGAUUAUUUGAAGGCGAAAGAAUAUUACGAACAAGCGAUGGACAUUGCCUUGGAACUCAGCGAUAAACAUUGUGAAGCAACAUCAUGUUUAAAUUUGGCAUCAGUUUGUAGUAAAGAUUGUGAUUACGAAAUGGCGAGGAAAUGGUACGAGAAGGCAUUGGAUAUUCUUGGAGCAGAGCGCAAUGAUCACCUCUUGCAUGAGAAGGCUCUUACUGGCUCGGGAGUAACCCUCUUCAAUCUUGGAGAUACCAAAAAGGCCAUUAAAUUGAUCCAAGAAGCUCAAACGUUUGCAAAGAACAAAAACGACACAGGUAAUUAAUAAUAUUUAUAAUUACAUUUUCUAUUUUGUGGGAACACAACGUUUAUUUUUUAAGAAGCUUUCAAUCCAUAAGUCUAGAUCGUCAUUAGUGUAAAUAAUGUAACGUAAUUAUUUCAGAAUUUGACAGGGGAAUGAUUAUUUUACCUAUUUUUCUAGAAUCUACCAUAUACUGUAUAGUUUUAGUGUAGAUCGAUUUCAAAAAUGUCCUUUUAAUUAAUUAACAGAUUUCAACACAUUGCAUAGAGUAACCAUAAAUUGUAUCUAGAAUUUAUUAAAUGAAUAUUAUUUUUGAAAUAUUUUUUAUUUUUUCUUUAUAUUUAGAUUGCAAUGAAGCUCACAGUACGCAUGCUCAAGAAAAGUCGCCAAGGCAAAAAACAACGUUGUUGCAAGUAGAAGGUAAAUUUAUUGACUAG